AUGGGAUUUGGAGAGCCUGUACUAACUUGGGUAGUAGAGGACUGGUUAUUAAGGGAAGAAGGGGUUGGUCGAAGAGGCACGUUGACAGGAGCGCGGUUCAAUCCAACAUACUGGUGGCCAAAGGAAGAAGAAAAGGACGUAGGAGAAGGCGCGGGAACACCGAGGGCAACACCGCGUGGCGAAGAAACAGAAGGGGUUGCGGAGGAGGAUGAUAUAGAAGGGCCUGAAGAAACAGACGGGAAUUGGGAGUGCCUUGUGCUGCUGGGGGUGGUGAUUGUUGUUGUUGCUGCUGAUAAGGAAGGUUUUGGGAGCGGGUUGGGGUUAAGAUUGGGGUUUGGAGUUGGGCCAGAAGAGGCAGCGGAGGAGGGUGGUUGUGGUGGUUCCGUAGGUUGUUUGGCGAUGGUGGGAUUGGAGGUGGAGGUAGAGGUGGCUGGGGUCGGUCGGUCCAUGAAAAAGGAUUGUGUUAUCGGUGGAUGGAAAAUAGAAACGCCGGCCAGGAUUCUCGGUAUUUAUUACACUGCUAGAUUGGGCAUUGGACGCAUUCUCAAUCGGUUCAGGAUUUUGAUUUCGAAUUGGAAUUCUUUCGGCUUUAGGGUGUGUUUGUACACAAGAAUAUGGAUGUCUAUUACCUAUUAUCUACAAAACUAA